CUUAGCCUAUACGAAUAGGUCACGUGAUCUACCUGUGUGUUGUCAAAAAUAAUACGAAGCCGAUCGACAAAAGCGAUCAAAUCUAUCAAUUAAUUUCGAUCGACGCUGACAUCUGGAAAGGAAGAUGGGUGACAAUACAGUGGUCAUGGUAACAGGAGGUACAGGCCUUGUGGGAAGUGCAAUCAAGUAUGUCGUAGAGAACGGGGAGGACCCUGGGGAGACGUGGGUGUUCCUGAGCUCAAAAGAUGCAGAUCUGAGUGAUGUUCAUCAGACGCGAGCAAUAUUUGAGAAGGUCAGACCAACACAUGUGAUACACUUGGCAGCCAUUGUGGGAGGCCUUUUCAAAAAUCUCAAGUACAACCUAGACUUCUUUAGAAAGAACAUCAGCAUCAAUGACAACGUUCUGGCAAUGAGUCAUGAAUUCAGGGUGAAAAAAGUCGUAUCCUGUCUCUCCACUUGCAUAUUUCCAGAUAAAACAACAUAUCCAAUUGAUGAGACCAUGAUACACAACGGACCUCCACACAACUCCAACUUCGGCUACUCGUAUGCAAAGAGGAUGAUUGAUGUGUUGAACAAGGGAUACAACCAGAGUUAUGGUUCUAUGUUCACUGCUGUGAUUCCUACGAAUGUGUUUGGGCCUGACGACAAUUUUAACCUGGAAGAUGGGCAUGUGAUACCAGGGCUCAUGAAUAAAGCGUACUGUGCAAAACGAGACGGAACAGAUUUCACGAUCUGGGGCUCUGGAGCGCCCCUUCGUCAAUUCAUCUACUCUCACGACCUGGCACGCCUCAUGAUAUGGGUCAUGAGAGAGUACAAGGAAAUAGAUCCAAUUAUUUUGUCAGUUGGAGAGGAGGACGAAGUCAGCAUUAAAGAUGCUGCCAUGUCAGUUCUGAAAGCCUUCGACUUCAAGGGGAAUGUUGUUUUUGAUACCACAAAGUCUGAUGGGCAGUUUAAGAAAACAGCCUCAAAUAAAAAACUGAGACAGUAUUUACCAGAAUUCCAGUUUACGCCUUUCCAUCAAGCUAUCCAAGAAACUGUCGAUUGGUUUAAUGCUAAUUAUGCAACUGCAAGAAAAUAAGAUUUAUAUAUUUCGUGUGACUUUGUUUAAAUUACUGGGAAAUUUAGCAAACUUUGUAUUCUGUGGGAAAUUACCAGCCUUGGUACUAUAAUAUGAAUAUAUCAUGUAAUAUAAUGUAAUUUAUUAACUACAUGGGCUGACACAGUAGCUUUGCCCUUGAUUGAUAUGUAUUAGUUCUUUCCAGGGAUGUAAAUACAUGGACUAUAAAUAUUGCAAUCAUUAAACCUUUCCCACUGAGAAGCAAAGUAAUAAUGGCUAUGUGCAAACAGCACAAAACCAGAACAGCCUGCGAGUAACUCGCAGUCUGUUAAGGUUUUAUGCUGUUUGCUGCUCAUCAGUAUCUAAGGGUUGGAAAUGAAGUCUUCAAAACUUGAAUUUGGUAAGAAAGGUCUUAAAUUAAAUUUAACUUUCUACAGUAAGUGACAAUGCGUAAAAAUACAGAUGUUAGUAGUAAAGUGUUACAUGUAAGCAUGCAUAUGGUUAAACUUACUGGUCUCUGUUUUGUCUUUAUCAAGUUAUGGUCUUUUGAUGUAGUGGCAUGUGAAAGCUAAGCUUGUGCUUUUAAAGAAACAAUUGAAUAAACUUAUGAACUUUCAAAUUCACUGAACUUAUUGGAGGUUCAUUGUUGUUUUCAUUAUUUAUUAUUAUUAUAUAAUACUUUUAUUAUUAAAUAAGUACAGAUGAAUACAUGUAGCAUCCUGUUGCAAUUUGGUUCUUGUAUAGAUAUCAUCUGUGAAGUUUCAAGUACUGGUUCUUGUAUAGAUAUCAUCUGUUAAGUUGGAGUACUGGAUGAUGUCCUGUUUCUCAUUUAUUAGAAUAUCAGUAUCCAAUGUUGUUAACUAUAAGAACAAAUAGAAUCUCCUUGGUAAUGGCCUACUGAGAACUGUCUAUUUUGGACUGUAUUUUAGACUUACCAACAACUUGCUGAAAAUGUGACUACACAUCUGUGAAGUACUGCUUUAUGCAUUAUUCUACUUAUAAUGUACAACCACUGCCCAAUUAAUGAUUGCAUAUUGUUUUUCAAAUGUUGGUAGAUCUGUCAAAGGACAUUUUUGUUACUGCUCAAGAGUCUCAAAGUCCCAACUUUAUUUCUCUAAAAUGUUAGCUGCAAUCUGGGAUCAGAUAAACACUUGGUAGAGGAAAAAACAACAACCACACCUCACCCUUCAAAUGGUUCAACAAAAUUUAACCCAUUUAUGCCUUGUUGACUCUCCCAUCCUUCUUAAUUGGAUCAAUUUAUUUCCAAAAUUAGGGAUGUCUAGUACAUGUAUAUUUAUUUCUAUAUAUAGUAUUUUUCUUACAGAAAUUCCUUUAAGUAAACAGCGCAGACCCAGAUGAGACGCUGCAUCAUUACCGUUUGCCAAGGCCUUUUUUCUAGAAGCUAGGCAUAAAUGGGUUAAUUCCGAACCAUAUCUAGCAAAGUUUAUUAUUUUGGGGACGCGAGGUGUCAGAAAUUGAAAGCAAUUACCUAUAUGCAUAGGCAAAGUUGACUAAUGAUGCCAUGACUCUCCCAUAACAUACAUCAUCCAAAGCUGGCGGCAAUUUAUAUUUACUUAUCUUAAAUAUUUGUCCACAAUUUUAAGCAUUUUUCUUUUUCAUGUUCUUAUAUUAUACAAUGUGGAUCAUUUUAUAAACUGUUAAAAAAAGGGUUUGAUUAUUUAUUUGUGCGCUUUGUUAAGAGUUUUGCUUGUACAAUAUUAUACAGUCACUGGGUUAUUUUUAUAAACAAUAAAACUUG